GGAGAGAAAUAUGGAUCCAAAAAACAGGAAGAAAAUCAGUUUCUCGGUGCCGGUAAGAUCCAGUCACCUGGAUAGCAGAGCAGUGGAGAAGAUUCGAAGACGGAGACCUACUCCAGCAACACUGUUCAGACUCUCUGAUCACUCAUCACCAGAAGAGGAACCAGUUUCCUACCAGAGAUCAUCCUCCACUGACAGUGAGAUUCUGAAAUCCAAACGAGCCACUCCAUCCAGCUCUUACACACCUCCCUCAUUAAAAGCUGUUCAGUGCAUUGUGCAAUCCCAGUUUGGAGCUGAAUCCACACAUUCGCAGUUGUAUGACACCCCCUCAGAUCUGGCAGAGUGUGACAGUAUUCAAUCUGAUUCCUCCGAUACGGACCUUCUCCAAAUAGACCAAGAUCCACAGACAGACCGAAACGCGUGGCCAAAAUCCGGCUGUGGAACACCAGCUGUGGACACUGCCACAACUGGGACAGAGGAGGAGAGAUCCCAGGCUAAGUGCAGAGGGAAGCCACUCACUGAUGAACAGGACUGUGAAAAGGCCUGA